CCAUAUUGUUAUCAGGAAUAUGUAGCAUAUAAUCGGUAAACAAAACACAAAACCCAUCGACCUAUUUAAAAGCUUUAAUUACACCAAAUACUGUUUAAAAAAACUUAUUUGUGAGUUUUUGAUUGACCAAAAUUGACUAUGAAACCAGCGGAACCACUUCAAGUGCACCAUUCACUGUCCGCUGCGGCUGUAAGUGGAAUAUGUAUUGGAACGCUGGUCUUAUUGCUUUCCAUGACAGCUUUGGCUUACAAAUGUUACAGACGGCGAGUCAUGAUGAACGCCCAAAAUCGACUGUCUACUGCCAUCAAGAAGGGUUUGCAGGAAAGUACAUCUGGUAGCUUCAGGAAAAGCACACCAGUGCGCAGUACAGGAAAUAAAGUGAUGAAGUCCAAAGGAACAAGUCCAAUAACUCCACCAGGUUGUGGUGAACUAGGUGGACUAGAUCGAAUCCCACAAGCUGGUUUCUCUACACCAACCAGAGAUCCUGGACCAAGUAAAUCUGAAGUUUAUAUCGAAAAUGAAAAGGGUGGAGCUACCCCUGAGAAGGAAGAGCUGAUAAAAGAGCGUUAUGUGAGCGAAAAACCAUCGUAUCUGGGAUCUAUUGGAUUUUCGGUAGAGUAUGACAACUCAAAACAAGCUCUAAUUGUAACCAUCGCUAACGCUAAUAACCUUCCACCGCGUGAUCCAAAUCUCGGUGGCUGCGACCCUUACAUCAAGCUGCAGCUUCUGCCUGAGAAGAAACACAAAUGUAAAACUCGGGUGUUAAGAAAGACUCUCGAUCCGGUGUAUGAUGAAACAUUCACAUUCUUUGGAGUUGCCGCUAACCAGUUCACUGGAAUUACCCUACAUUUCGUGAUAUUAAGUUUUGAUCGCUUCUCCCGAGAUGAUAUUAUUGGAGAGGUCAUCUACCCUCUAUCUGGAGUUGACCCGGAAGAGAAAUUCAGUACAACAAGGGACAUAACCCCAAGACAUCUGAAGUUGAGAAGUCAAGGUCGUGGUGAACUAUUGGUAUCAUUAUGUUACCAGCCAGCAGCCAACAGAUUAGGUGUUGUCAUAUUGAAAGCGAGAAAUCUACCCAAGAUGGAUAUAUCAGGUCUCUCAGAUCCAUACAUCAAAAUCUACUUGAAUUACAAUGGUCAGAGAAUCGCCAAGAAGAAGACACACGUGAAAAAGAGGACGUUAAACCCCGUGUUUAACGAAUCCUUCCUAUUCGACGUGCCCUACAAUGAGGGACUUCAAAACAUCAGUCUCGAAUUCUUAGUAUUAGAUUGGGAUCGCAUGACGAAAAAUGAAGUUGUUGGUCGAUUGGAGAUCGGAUCAAAGACAGGACCAACGGAAGUAUCUCACUGGAAUGAAGUGAUGAAUUGUCCUCGAAAGCAGAUUGCAGAAUGGCACAAAUUAAGAGAGUGAUUGAAUAGGACGAGUUUUGAUCAAUAUUGUACAGAGUUAUCGGUCUUUCCAAUUUACUAGCUUCAAACGUAUCUCAAGGACAUUUCAACAGUUGCGCAAUUUAAUAUCGUCAAUAUAAUAUCAAAUUUUGUUGUCAUAAAAAAUGAUCAGGCUGAGAUAAUAACAAUAAUGAAUUAACAGCAAGCUCUAUAUUUUAAAAGCAAGCUCUAUAUUGUAAAAGCAAGCUCUAUAUUUCACAUGAGUAAUAACUGGUUAUGUUUAAAUUUCAUUUCAUCGUCAUGUUUUGUUAAGAAGGUAUGACGUCAGAAUACUAAUAUAAAGUGGUUAUUGCAUCUUUUAGUUGUCAUUACAAUGUCAUCAAUGUAUUCAAAUCGAAGCUUCUCUGAGUUAUCCGAGGUCCGGAUAUAUACACGAAAAAAAAUUUGAGACCAAGAUGAUCGAUGCUCUCUGUAUACCAUUUUCCAAUAUUGCAUAUUUAAAUCAAUUAAAAGCUUUCUGGGC